GGCGCGAGCUGCGGCGAGUCGGGCGCGAGCGGCGCGGGAGGAGGCGCACACGUGGCAGCAGCAGCGGCACCGGCCCGGCCGCCUCCGUCCUUCGGCCUCUCUGAUCGCCGCGCGCCGGCCGCCGAGCACCGCCACCAUGGGCAAGGGGGUUGGACGUGAUAAAUAUGAACCUGCUGCUGUGUCAGAGCAGGGCAACAAAAAGAAGCAGAAGAAGGAGAGGGAUAUGGAUGAACUUAAGAAAGAAGUUUCUAUGGAUGACCAUAAACUUAGCCUGGAUGAGCUCCAUCGGAAAUACGGAACAGACUUGAACCGAGGCUUAACCCCUGCUCGUGCUGCUGAGAUCCUGGCCCGAGAUGGACCCAAUGCCCUCACCCCUCCUCCUACCACGCCUGAGUGGAUCAAAUUCUGCCGGCAGCUGUUCGGGGGGUUCUCAAUGUUGUUGUGGAUUGGUGCAAUUCUUUGUUUCCUGGCUUACAGCAUUCAGGCUGCCACAGAAGAAGAACCUCAGAAUGAUAAUCUGUAUCUUGGGGUAGUGCUUUCAGCUGUCGUCAUCAUCACUGGUUGUUUCUCAUACUAUCAAGAAGCUAAAAGCUCCAAGAUCAUGGAAUCCUUCAAGAACAUGGUUCCUCAGCAAGCGCUUGUCAUUCGAAAUGGCGAGAAGAUGAGCAUCAAUGCCGAGGAAGUUGUGGUCGGGGAUCUGGUGGAGGUGAAGGGCGGUGAUCGGAUCCCUGCCGACCUGAGGAUCAUAUCUGCGAAUGGCUGUAAGGUGGACAACUCUUCACUCACUGGUGAAUCAGAGCCCCAAACCAGGUCUCCGGAUUUCACCCACGAAAACCCCCUGGAGACAAGGAACAUCGCCUUCUUCUCCACCAACUGUGUGGAAGGCACAGCCCGUGGCAUCGUCGUGUACACUGGGGACCGCACCGUAAUGGGAAGAAUCGCCACCCUCGCCUCGGGCCUGGAGGGAGGUCAGACCCCAAUUGCUGCAGAAAUCGAGCACUUCAUUCAUCUCAUCACGGGUGUGGCCGUGUUCCUGGGGGUGUCCUUCUUCAUCUUGUCUCUGAUCCUGGAGUACACCUGGCUGGAAGCUGUCAUCUUCCUCAUCGGUAUCAUCGUAGCCAAUGUACCAGAAGGGCUGCUGGCCACGGUCACGGUGUGCCUGACUCUCACUGCCAAACGCAUGGCGCGGAAGAACUGCCUAGUGAAGAACUUAGAGGCCGUGGAGACCCUUGGGUCCACAUCCACCAUCUGCUCAGAUAAAACUGGAACUCUAACUCAGAACCGGAUGACGGUGGCCCACAUGUGGUUUGACAAUCAGAUCCAUGAAGCUGACACAACGGAGAACCAGAGUGGUGUCUCGUUCGACAAGACUUCAGCUACCUGGAUUGCUCUGUCCAGGAUUGCAGGCCUCUGUAAUCGCGCUGUGUUCCAGGCGAACCAGGAGAACCUCCCUAUCCUGAAGCGGGCUGUGGCGGGAGACGCCUCAGAGUCGGCGCUCCUGAAGUGCAUCGAGGUGUGCUGCGGCUCCGUGAAGGAGAUGCGGGAGCGCUACGCCAAGAUUGUGGAGAUCCCCUUCAACUCCACCAACAAGUACCAGCUGUCCAUCCAUAAAAACCCCAACACGAACGAGCCCCGGCACCUGCUGGUGAUGAAAGGCGCCCCCGAGAGGAUCCUGGACCGCUGCAGCUCCAUCCUCCUGCACGGCAAGGAGCAGCCCCUGGACGAGGAGCUCAAGGACGCCUUCCAGAAUGCCUACCUGGAGCUGGGCGGCCUCGGGGAGCGCGUGCUGGGUUUCUGCCACCUCUUGCUGCCUGAUGAGCAGUUUCCCGAAGGAUUCCAGUUUGACACCGAUGAUGUGAACUUCCCCGUCGACAAUCUCUGCUUUGUUGGACUCAUCUCUAUGAUCGACCCUCCUCGGGCAGCUGUCCCCGAUGCUGUGGGCAAGUGCCGAAGUGCUGGAAUUAAGGUCAUCAUGGUUACUGGAGACCAUCCCAUCACAGCCAAAGCCAUUGCCAAGGGUGUGGGGAUCAUCUCGGAGGGCAACGAGACUGUGGAGGACAUUGCUGCACGCCUCAACAUCCCUGUGAGCCAGGUGAACCCCAGAGAUGCCAAGGCAUGUGUGGUACAUGGAAGUGAUCUGAAGGACAUGACCUCUGAGCAGCUGGAUGACAUUCUGAAGUACCACACAGAGAUCGUGUUUGCCAGAACCUCUCCUCAGCAGAAGCUUAUCAUUGUGGAGGGUUGCCAGAGGCAGGGAGCAAUUGUGGCUGUGACUGGGGACGGUGUCAAUGACUCCCCAGCUCUGAAGAAAGCAGACAUUGGUGUCGCCAUGGGGAUCGCGGGCUCCGAUGUGUCCAAGCAAGCUGCAGACAUGAUUCUCCUGGACGACAACUUCGCCUCCAUUGUGACGGGGGUGGAGGAAGGUCGCCUGAUCUUUGAUAACUUGAAGAAAUCCAUUGCCUACACCCUGACCAGUAACAUUCCAGAGAUCACCCCCUUCCUGAUAUUUAUUAUCGCCAACAUUCCUCUCCCUCUGGGCACCGUCACCAUCCUCUGCAUCGAUCUGGGCACAGACAUGGUUCCUGCCAUCUCCCUGGCUUAUGAGCAAGCUGAAAGUGACAUCAUGAAGAGACAGCCCAGGAACCCCAAAACAGAUAAGCUUGUGAACGAGCGUCUGAUCAGUAUGGCCUAUGGGCAGAUCGGCAUGAUCCAGGCCCUGGGGGGCUUCUUCACAUACUUCGUGAUUCUGGCGGAGAAUGGCUUCCUCCCCAUCCACCUGCUGGGUAUCCGCGUGGACUGGGAUGACCGUUGGAUCAAUGACGUGGAGGACAGCUAUGGACAGCAGUGGACUUACGAGCAGAGGAAGAUUGUGGAGUUCACCUGCCACACCGCCUUCUUUGUCAGCAUCGUGGUGGUGCAGUGGGCCGACUUGGUCAUCUGUAAGACCAGGAGGAAUUCCGUGUUCCAGCAGGGCAUGAAGAACAAGAUCCUGAUCUUCGGCCUCUUUGAAGAGACAGCCCUGGCUGCCUUCCUUUCCUACUGCCCCGGAAUGGGAGUGGCCCUGAGGAUGUAUCCCCUCAAACCUACCUGGUGGUUCUGUGCCUUCCCCUACUCCCUUCUCAUCUUCGUGUACGACGAAGUCAGAAAGCUCAUCAUCCGGAGACGCCCUGGAGGCUGGGUAGAGAAGGAGACCUACUACUAGCCCCCCCCUGCACGCCGUGGAGUCCCGUGCCACUCUGCCCUCGCCCACGCCCUCUUUGUCUACUUCAGUCUCGGAGUUAAGAACUCUACCCUGGUAGGAAAGCACCGAAGCAUGUGGGGAGCGAGACGUCCAGGAAUGAAGCAUGUCACUAUAUGGGGGGAGGGGGGGGGGGCUGCCUGAGAACAUCGUUUGGGAUGACAGCGGGGAAGGAUUUAUGUGCCUUUUUGUUUUUGUAAAAAGGAUAACCUGGAAAGCCUGAAAGAAUACAUUUUAUAUCUGGAUUUUUACAAAUAAAGGUGGCUAUUAUAAUGGA